AUGACUUCACCCUUCCGCAUCGUCGAGCAUGUCGUGCCAUGCCAGCAUAUCAGAGAAUAUCCAGCAGCCACGGCCAACGAACAGGAAGACACUCUGCAUCUGGCCGUGAAGCAAUAUAUUCCUCUCGAUAACCCCAAUCCCCAACCUGGAGAUGUCACAAUCAUCGGAGCCCACGCCAACGGAUUUCCCAAGGAAUUAUACGAGCCUCUUUGGGAUGAAUUGCUCGCUCGCUCGAAAGCAAAUGGAUUCCGAAUCCGCAGUAUCUGGAUGGCAGAUGUCGCGCAUCAGGGACAGAGUGGUGUGCUCAAUGAGCAUCUGCUUGGAAAUGACCCCAGCUGGUUUGAUCAUCCCCGCGAUCUUCUCCAUAUGAUCAACCUCAAGCGCAAAGAAAUGCCUCGUCCUAUCGUUGGAGUUGGGCAUAGCAUGGGUGGCGCUCAUCUUGCCCAAGUCUGCUUAAUGCAUCCUCGUCUCAUUCAUUCGCUCGUCCUCUUGGACCCUGUAAUCCAACGACAAACAACCCAAUUAGAUUCGCUCAGCUUACUCGUUGAUAAAACAACCAUCGCCAAAACCACCCAGCUAUCUACCUACCGCCGCGAUCUAUGGCCAUCCCGCAAAGCCGCCGCAGAAGGCUUCAAACGAAGCCCAUUUUACCAAGCCUGGGAUCCUCGAGUCCUCGAGCGCUGGGUUCAGCACGGUCUCCGAGACCUCCCAACAGCCAUCCACAGCGAAAAAAAGAAAGAGGACGACGAGCAACCCGUCACAUUAAAAACAACCCUCCAUCAAGAAGUCUUCACUUUCUCUCGACCCAACUACGACGGACCCCCAGGAGUAGGUAAACCAUUGAACAGAACCACCCACCCAGACGUCGACGUCAACCACUUCGGCUCAUACCCCUUCUAUCGACCCGAGCCUUCGCGCAUCUUCGCGCAGAUGCCCCACCUCCGCCCUAGCGUCAUGUACAUCUUCGCCGGCAAGUCCGACAUGUGUCUUCCCCAGAUGAUGGAAGAUAAGAUGGCCAACACCGGCACUGGCCUCGGCGGUAGUGGCGGAAGAGCCAUCGGCCGAGUGCGUGAUGUCUACUUAGCUGAGUUCGGGCAUCUCCUAGCACAGGAAGCGCCUGUUGAAUGCGCCGAUGCGGCUGGCCGCUGGCUGGGUGCCGAGUUGCAGAGGUGGCAUGCUGAAGACCAGGCGUUCCGGGCACAAUGGAGCAAAAAGUCAAAGAUUGAGAAGGUCACCAUCGACGCGCGGUGGAAAGAGAAUGUCCCUGCUCCUGAGAGGAGAUCUAAGAAGUCAUCUCCGAAGUUGUAA